AAAUUUUUCAUUAUAAAAGACGAUUUGAUUUCAGAUGAACGACAAGAUGUACAAAAGAAAACAUUCACCAAGUGGAUUAAUUCACAAUUAUCUAAAACAACGUGUCCUCUGGUAAUCGAUUUGUUCGAGGAUCUGCGUGAUGGGCACAGGCUUCUAUCCCUACUUGAAGUUCUUACAAAUCAACAAUACAAACGCGAAAAAGGUCGCAUGCGUGUACACCAUAUCAAUAAUGUGAAUAAAGUGUUACAAGUACUUAGCGAAAAUGGAGUGAAAUUGUUAAACAUUUCGAGCGAAGAUAUCGUAGGUGGAAAUCCAAAGCUGACGUUGGGAUUAAUAUCAAUAAUUGCUUUGUGCUUCGAUGGUAAAAAAUUGGUGAAUUCUGAAACAGUCAGUGGAUUGGAAAAGAACCUCCUGAGAUGGGUGGAGAAAUUCACCGAAAAAUAUCAACUGAUGAUUAACGAUUUCACAACGAGCUGGUCGAGUGGUUUGGCUUUUUUGUACAUUUUACAUGAGUUUGGCAUUGACUUCGAUUUGGAAUGGGCAAAAAAACAACACCCAAUUGCAAGACUGCGUUUGGCGUUUGAUUUGGCGACACGAUAUCUUCGAAUCGAUGCUUUAUUGGAUCCAGAGGAUGUUAACACAAACAAACCGGACAAAAAAUCUGUUCUGAUGUACGUCAUGUGCUUAUAUCAAGCAAUUGAAUCACUUCAGUCAUCACAACUUUCGAACGCACCUAGCAUUCAUAUGCUUGAUCAGCACUUUGAAGGCAGCUCAGAAGAAAUAAAUCCGACAUCUAGUGAUGAUACUCCACAGCCAAGCACUUCAAAAUACCUUCCAGCUGAAACUGAAUCCAAAACUCCAACUGGUCCAUUGAAUAUUGUCAAUUCGACGGACUUAGAUGAAGUUUCUCUGGCAAAAUCCAUUGAAGACUUAAGUAGUAAUUUUCCAGUUCAGCGCAGCCGUACCUUUACUAUUACCAAAAAUGAAUCAAUUAAUUUGACGGUUGCUGACACUGAAACGCCCGAUGUGGACGAUGAAAAUAACAAAACAAACGACUUCCAAACUUUCCUCGAGGCUCAUUCACGACCAGUUUCAACGGCAACAAAUAGCCUCAUUUGCUCCCCUACAGAAAUCGUUGGCUACCAAAAUGCAAUUGAAAUUGUGCUAACGCUUUUGCUGGAAGCUGAGGAAAUGUUAUCGAAACCACCAUUGCCCGAUAUCAAGGAGCUAUCCGACGCAAAGGCUCGUUUCCAAGCACACGAAGAAUUUAUGAUAAAACUGUCAGAAUAUCAGGAAUACGUAGGUGGUGCUCUUGAAGAAGGUGCUCGUUUACUGUCAGAGCCAAUAAACAGCACAGGCCUAACGGUCGAAGAUAAAAGUGAGAUAAAACAGCAGAUGCUCUUGUUGAAUGAACGAUGGGAAUUGUUACGAAUUUCGGCCCUUGACGUUCAGUCUUGUGUCCAUUCGAAGUUAGCUGAAGUGCAAACACAGAAAAUUGAAGAUUUACGUGGACUUCUAACCAACACAGAGGAUCGUAUAUCUCGAAUGUUAGAUAUUGAUCCUAGCCCUGAUGCUAUGUCUCAACAAAUCCGAGAACACAAAGAGUUGGAAGCAUCGCUGAAUGAACAAAAGGGACUAGUAGACGAAUUGAGCAAUUUGGUGGUGAUUGUUAAUGACGAUUCGUUCAUAGAUUUAGAAGACAGAUUGUUAGCAUUGGGAGAGCGAUGGACACAUGUGGUACAAUGGACAAAGAAUCGUUUCCAGAAAUUACAAGAAGUUCAUUGGAACUGGAAGAUAUUAAACCGGCAAUUCGAAAUAACAAAUGAAUGGAUCAACGUUCGUGAGAAUGAUUUAAAACAAAUGGAAUCACAUGACGUUAGCGCAAUCGGAAGUGUUAUGGAACGAAUAAAAAAUCUUCGCUUCUGUGCAAUGGAUUUGAAUGUUCUAUACGACAGUUUGGUUCGCUUGGAAGAGAUUGCACAAGUAUUAAAACCAGCAAGCAUAAAACUCUUGGAGCAACUAGAAAAUAAACAAGACCGUUGCGAGGCACUGAAAGAAAUCGUAGACGUGCAACAACAACGCAUUGAAGGAAUGGGAUUCGAUUUCAACAUUGACAUUUCGGAUAAUGAAAAAUUACCGAAUAACUGGACUGACUUUCAGUCAAAGUUCAACAGUCAAAGUCUAAUGGAAUUUGGAGAACCUGAUGGUUCGAUACAAAGAGAGAAAGAACAAGACGAUCCACCUCAGUCGAAAAAAAAGCAAAAAUUUCAACCAUCUGAAAAAUAUCAGCAGCUUAACAAAUGUCUAAAAGAUAUGAACAACUUCGUUGCAUUGGGGGAAAAGAUAUUAUCGGAAUUCAAAAAAAAUCCUACACUAAGAGAAGAAACAAGUGCCUUGGAAAAUCUGCAAAUUCAAUUAAAAAUGAGUAUAAAUGAAUAUCCAAAAAUUAAAAUUCUUUUAAAUGAUUGCAUCGAAGAGGACGGUCAUGAUUUGCCAGGAGAAACAACUGAAAUAAGUAACAUUGGCACUAAAUACGACGAACUGAAUUUCCGCAUAGAACACAUGCUUGAAUUAAACGCGAAAGCAACAAUGAAAGAAACGUUCAGUCGAAAUCUAACCGGCCUGAAAUUGGUACUCGCUGACUGUCAAGACUGGUUCAAACAGUAUGCUAAUCUGAACUCUUCGACUCAAGAAGAGCUUGAAAACAGACUUUCUUAUAUGGAAUCAUUGAGUAGCGAGAUCGAUGAUGCUCAGGAUUUCUAUCGGAAUUCAGAGGACAAAAAUGAUCUAAGUGAAUGGAAACAAAAUUUUGAUCAAUUUUAUCAAAGUUGGAAAGACGUUAAAAGAGCAAUAAAAAGAUUACUUUGCGAUAAGUUCGAGACUGUACAAAUUGAUGACGAUUCCGAAUUACUGGAAACCCUACAAAAUCCCGAAAUGGAAAAGUUUGAUGCCGUUCAUGCCGAAGCAGUAAAGGCCAGUGUGAUUGUGUCUAGUUUAGAAAAAAUGCGAGCUAAUUUACACCGAUUGAAUGAAUUGAAACCAAUCAUCAUUGAAAUUGGCACCAAUAAAGCGGUGAAGAAAAACCCAAUAGAAUUUGACAAAUGGAAAAAAUUGGCAACGGCGAUUGAGGAACUUAUUAUGAAACAAACAACAUCAAUCGAAAAUGUGAUUCAUUUCAUGACUGAAUUUGAAGAGGUCGUAAAAUUUCUUUCAAACCUCGAAAAAACUCUCACUAAUGAUUUAUUUGUGUUGGGUGAAGAAGAUGAACUAAAGCACCAAGAGCAACAAUAUGAAUCGAAUGGCAUGGAAAUUAAGAAAAUUGAAAUUGAUAUAAUCAGUGUGAAGAAUUUUAGCGAAAUAAUUGUACGCGAGUCCACAGAUAAUGAACAGAAUUUUUUCUUGCUGAAUCAAAUUAAAUCUCUUAACAAUCUUUACACAAGCGUCAAAAAAACAUUCCAAACAAAUAAAAAAGCGUUGCAACAAGCGUUGGAACAGACCUCAAAUAUUUAUCAAAGAAUCAAUGAUGUUGAGCUGUGGCUCAAUGAACUAGAAUUAUCAACUCCGACCAUAUAUAAUGCUGAUAUCAAAUCGUCAAACCAAUUAUUUCAAAUUCGAAAUAAAUUCCAGUCCCUUAAAGAAACAUGUGAACAGAAGACAGUCGAAUUUCGGGAAUUAAACGAUGUGGGAAACGAAAUGUUGUUGCGUAUCGACGAACAAUUGACAAAUCAUCCAAUCUACAGAUGCAAAAAUGGCACAAAAUCCACGCUGGCGAAACAAUUCACCAAAUUGAAUGCUAAAUGGAAUGAAGUAACCACACUUGUGUAUAAUCGAACUGCUUUGUUGGAGCAUAUAUCCAGUCAACUUGGGGAAUUGAAAACGUUAAUUGUAUGCGAGACCGGCUAUUUGGACAAAUUAGAAAAAUGCUUACGAAAAAGUCCAGGAAAUGCAGCCGAUGCAGAGGAAAUCUAUGAAGAGCUUGACGACCUGGAAAACAGCAUUAGAAACCAUUCGGAGAAGCGUCUAAAUAAAAUAAAGGAACUUGGUAACGAAUUAAUUGGGCACAAUUGUAUGGCUGAGAGUAUAAAGGUUGACGUAAAAUCAGUAAUCGAUCGAUGGGACAUACUGCAACAUAAGGGUAAGCAACGACAAAUGAUGUUAGAAGGCUUGAUUACAGAAGCUCAAACUUCCGAAAGGCGUAUACAAAAUUUUCAACACUGGAUUAAAAAUGUAGCUGAGUUACUGAAUGAACAUCUCGAUAAUGACACUACGGCCAAUGAUUUACCGCAUGAUUUUCAGCGCUUGGUUGAAGAGUUUGGAGCAAAUGAAAAAAAUUUAAACGAAAUGAAGAAAGAAGUUGAAUUAUACCGAGUAAAGGGUAAAGCGGAAGCUGCUUUUCGAUUAUGCGAACAAGUUCAACUUCUAGAGGAAUGCUUCCUAUCGAAUCAAGCCAAACUGAAAACAUUUACUUCACCACAAGCAAACUUUGAAAGCCGACUUAAUCGUGCUAUGGGAGAAUUACGUACAGUUGAACGAAGCUCUUGCAUUCUGGAUGUAGCGUCAGCUGGCCUCAACAACAUUCAGGAUCAAUACAAACAUUGCCUGAAAAUGUAUCGCAGUUUAUCAGAAGUUAAAAAUGAAAUCGAGAAUGUCAUUAAAACGGGGCGUAAAAUUUGCGAAGACAAAUCAACAAAAUAUGCAAAAAAAUUAACGCUCAGCAUUGAUGCUCUCAAGCAUUUGUAUAAUAACUUGGGCGAACAUGUGACCCAGUCGAAAAUCCAUCUCGAAAAGCUACUCCGUCUUGCGACUGCAAUCCAGACAAAUAUAGCUAAGAUUGAACGUUGGCUUAAUUUCACUGAAUUGGCACCAGUGCAACGGAAUGAAAUUCUUGAUAAGGACCAUGAUCCGGUAUUGAAACUUUCCAAUGAGCAGGUUGGCGCAAUGAUUGAGAAGUGCAACAAUAUUUACGAGGAGUACAUAAGGGAAUGCGAUCCAGCAUAUAUGGAAGAUUUGCAAUCAAAAAUUGAUAAUUUAUCUCAACGUUUCAUAAAAAUAACAGUGAACGAUUUUGGAAAAGACUUGCUUGAGAUUAAGACGAAUCUCCAAAACCUGGAUAAUAUAUCAAUCGACACUUUGAGAUCUAUUGAAAGAGAUUUGCAAAACAUGGACGUAACAAGCAGUGAUAUACAAAAGUUACAUCAACAAGUAGCAGCGAUUGUUCAGGAAACUAUAUCGUCGCAUCCGAAGAAUAAAGAAGACGAUGACAUGGAAAUUGUUGUAGUUAGUGACACAGUUCGCCAAAGACGCUCAAGAACUCCCUCGUCAUCUGCUUCGACAUCAAAUGAUAAUGAAAUCAUGAUUGUGAAAACACAGUCAGACGUAUUACCCGAUCUAUUGCCGAAAACAUUUCAUCUUGCUGAAUCGAGCACACUUUUCUUUCAAGCUGAUAACUCGAAGAAUCUAUUGGUUCAAAAAGAAAAAAACAGAAGCAGCGAAUCAAAAUUUUCUAUCGUUGAGAUACGCGAAACAAAUAUACUAUCACCCAAAAGAGCAACUUUCAAAACUCAUGAAAGUUUUCAAAAUCAGAAUGUUAGUCAUGUUUUAAAUACAUGCAGCAUAUUGGAAUCGGUAAACUAUCUGGAGCCAAGUUGUGUUGAAACUGUGCAUAUAAUCGAUGCAUCAUCUGAAGCAUCUGAUAACGAAACACCUUGUUCAACUCCCAAUUUGGAUGAAAGAUCUGAUAGCAGGAUAUCAAGCGAUGAAGAAGAAAGUGAUGAAUUUGACUAUAAGACUAAUACCAAGAAGAUAGUCAACAAGCGUUUGUCACUACAGAUUCGAGAUGUACUUGAAAUAAAUCGGCUAAACUUACCAAAAAAUACCAAAGAAUUUGACAGCUCAUGUAAAAUACCGCCAGAACCACAGCGUAAAAAGAUCACUCCAACCUUAGAAGAAAUUUUAAGUGCAACUUCGGAUAGUGGCAGUUUAAACAGCCCCGAUAAAGAGGUAUUCGGAAGAUCAAUGACAUUUUCGGUAGACGACUAUAACAAUCACUUGAAUGGACAAUCGACUGAAAAAUUCAACCGAGAUACGGAUCGAAUGGCAAAACCAAAUGCUGGAAAGCCAACGGUGAUGCACGAACGAAAACUUGAGCCAGUCGAAACGGAAAAUGCCACUGAAAAUCAAUCAGAAGCGCACAAAUCAAUUACCACAAAGGCCAAAACUUUUUCGAUGAAGAAAACAUCAAAUUCUAGAUCUUUGUCCCAAAGAGUCUAUGAAUUUGAAAGGACGGCUCGUUAUAUGAUAAAAAAACUGCAAGACACAAAAGAAAAAAUCGAUGCAUCGAUAAUAGUCGCUGUUGACUCCGAAACAAUUGAACAUUUGCAGAUGUUAGUUGCACCGGAUGCAGCGACACUAAUUUCACAAGGUGAUUCAUUGGUUUUAGAAACACAUGGCAACGCAUCGUCCGAACUCGCAAAUACCGUGAUAGAAAUGCAAUCGAUUCUACGCGAAAAAUUCCGAGAAGUUCAACAUGCCAAAUUAUCAAUUGAAUGCCAGCAGAAUAGUUCUUUGGAAGUGGGUCAAAAAUUAUUGAAGUAUGAAAGUUUGGAUAAAGAAAUCAAAUUAAAUGAAGUAUCAAAAGUACCUGCAAACAAUAUUGACGAGGACGCCUGGUAUGUGUGCAACAAAGUAUGGAAGCUUCUUCAGAGUUCCGUUAAUGGGAGCAAUGAAAUUCAUCUGAAACAACGACUCGCUGAUAUUAAGAGUUUACAAACUGAAAUCAAAGUCCAGUGGAAGUUUGCUUCACAAGCAACGCCAAGUCCAAGAGCGAAAGCAACAAUGGAAACUCUUGACCAGACACGUAACGAUCUUUCAUAUCACUACGACUAUGUCGUGCAAUCUCUGAAGGAACUGAACGCACGUGCAGGCAGCGGAGACUCUGAAAAGCACAAUAAUGACGAACGAAAACAUCCAGACGGCAAACCUGUUGACAACAAAGUACAAGAUGUUGCAAAUUCUGAAAAGAAAGCACGCCGUACUCGGUUGACGAAUCGAGACGGCGUAAAAAUUUUGUUCAUCGAUUGGAAUUUGGCACAAGGUGCAUAAGAGCGAGAGAGAGAAGGAAAGCCAACCAACCAACCCAAGAAAGACCCGUAGCGAAGAGAUUACACCGCACGUGGAAGAGAGACGAAAAGACCGAUGAAGGAACAGCAACAAAGUGCUGACCAACUGAGAAUCGAACGCAAUUAAUUAAGAAAACAUCAUGAUGUUUACCAAGUAAGAGAUAAUUUAUGAUUAUUCGUUAGGUCGCCAUGGCACUAGGGACCCAGUGUUUGUAAUUCGAUAUCGUGAAUUAAACCAAAGGAAUGGCAUGAAAAUGUGCAAAUCG